CUCUCUCUCAUGGCUGCUUCCUUGCCCACAAAAAGCCUUCAACAGUUCGCUUCUCUGCUCCCAAAGAAAAGCAAAAGGAGAUGAGAGAGAGAAGAGCCAUGGACCAAAGCUACAGCAGAGAGAAGACACAGCACAAUCACACACUGAAGCAGAGAGAGACCAGAGCAAUGCACUAGCUUGAGCAGAGUACUAGGCACAAGAAACCCUUCUCCCACAAGCCAUAUAUAUCUCAAAAGACAAAGCCCUUCUUGCCACAAAGAGAACAUAUUCCCCUCACCUUCAUCUCCCCUGCUUCAAUGUGAAGCCUCUCCUCCAUCUUCUUGUGAAGUUUCUCAAGAUUCUCGCAUACCUUUACCAUUCCAUCUCUCUCCCUCUAGAGCUUACUAAAUCAGCUCCAAUGCCUACGGCAACAUCUGCGCUCUAGCUAGUCUCACACCGCAAUUCACAAGCCACAAAGAAAUCAAGCCAGAUGAGGCCCUCACCACCUCUGAUCUUGGUCUUGCUCUUGCAUUUCGCUCUCUCGUCCACCAAUGGCGUCGCAAGUGGAAAUGGCGAUGCCCUGCGUGGCGAUGCGAUGGCGUUGCUCUCCCUCAAGGCCGCCCUCAACUGCCGCCCGCACGCUCUGCGGUCGUGGUCGGCGGGCAAUGCCGUGUCGGUGUGCGCGUGGACGGGCGUGCGGUGCGCCGGGGGCCGGGUGGUCGCCGUCGACAUCGCCAACAUGAACGUGUCCACGGGCGCGCCCGUGUCGGCCGUGGUGACAGGGCUCGACGCGCUCGAGAACAUCUCCCUCGCCGGGAACGGCAUCGUGGGCGUGGUGGCCGCGUCCUCGCUCCCGGCGCUCCGGCACGUCAACGUCUCCGGGAACCAGCUCGGCGGCGGGCUCGACGUCUGGGACUUCGCGUCGCUCCCUGGCCUCGAGGUGUUCGAUGCCUACGACAACAACUUCUCGUCCUCUCUCCCGCUCGGCGUCGCGGCGCUGCCGCGGCUCGGGUACCUGGACCUCGGCGGCAACUACUUCACCGGCGCCAUACCGCCGGCGUACGGCGGGAUGCCGGCGCUGCAGUACCUGUCCCUCAGCGGUAACAACCUGCAGGGCGCCAUCCCGGCGGCGCUUGGCAACCUCACGACCCUCAGGGAGCUGUACCUCGGGUACUACAACGUGUUCGACGGCGGCGUCCCCCCGGCGCUCGGCCGACUUCGCAACCUCACGGUGAUGGACAUCUCCAACUGCGGCCUAACCGGCCGCAUCCCGGCGGAGCUCGGCGCGCUUUCAUCCCUCGACACGCUCUUCCUCCACACCAACCAGCUCUCCGGCGCCAUCCCGCCGGAGCUCGGCAACCUCACGUCUCUCACCGCGCUGGACCUCUCCAACAACGCGCUCACCAGCGAGGUCCCGCGCUCCCUGGCGUCGCUCGCCUCGCUCCGGCUGCUGAACCUGUUCCUGAACCGCCUCCACGGCCCAGUCCCCGACUUCGUGGCCGCGCUGCCGCGGCUGGAGACGGUGCAGCUCUUCAUGAACAACCUCACCGGUCGCGUCCCCGCUGGGCUUGGCGCCAACUCCGCGCUCCGGCUGGUCGACCUGUCGUCAAACCGGCUCACCGGGGUGAUCCCGGAGACGCUGUGCGCGUCCGGCGAGCUUAGCACGGCCAUCCUCAUGAACAAUUUCCUGUUCGGGCCCAUCCCCGGCUCGUUCGGCUCGUGCACGAGCCUGACCCGGGUCCGGCUCGGCCAGAACUACCUCAACGGCACCAUCCCGGCCGGCCUGCUCUACCUGCCGCGGCUCAACCUGCUCGAGCUCCAGAACAACCUGCUCUCCGGCCCGGUCUCCUCGAACCCGAGCCUGAGCCCGGCCGGUUCGCAGCUGGCUCAGCUCAACCUGUCCAACAACCUGUUGUCCGGGCCGCUGCCUAGCACGCUGGCCAACCUCACCGCUCUGGAGACUCUGCUCAUAAGCAACAACCGGCUCGGCGGCGCCGUGCCGCCGGAGAUUGGGGAGCUCCGGAGGCUCGUGAAGCUCGACCUCAGCGGCAACGCGUUGUCUGGACCGAUACCGGAGGCCGUCGGGCGGUGCGCGGAGCUCACGUACCUCGACCUCAGCAGGAACAACCUGUCCGGGCCGAUCCCAGAGGCGAUCGCCGGCAUAAGGGUGCUGAAUUACCUCAACCUGUCGAGGAACACGCUCGAGAACAAGAUCCCGGCGGCUAUCGGGGCGAUGAGAAGCCUCACGGCUGCGGAUUUCUCCUACAACGACCUGGCCGGCCAGCUGCCCGACACGGGCCAGCUGGGGUACCUGAACGCGACGGCGUUCGCUGGCAACCCGAGGCUGUGCGGGCCGGUGCUGAACCGGCCGUGCAACUACAGCGCCGGUGCUGCGACGGCGGCGCCGCGACGGAACGGGACAGGGGACCUGAAGCUGGUGCUCGCGCUGGGGCUGCUCGCGUGCUCGGUGGUGUUCGCGGCGGCGGCCGUGCUGCGCGCGCGGUCGUACCGCGGCGGGCCCGACGGCGGCGGCGCGUGGCGGUUCACGGCGUUCCACAAGGUGGACUUCGGCAUCGCGGAGGUGAUCGAGUGCAUGAAGGACGGGAACGUGGUCGGGCGCGGCGGCGCCGGCGUGGUGUACGCUGGGCGGGCCCGCUCCGGCGGCGCCAUCGCCGUGAAGCGCCUCCAGGGUUCGGGAGCCGCGGCGGCGUGGGCCCCCGGCGGCGGGCGGCACGACCACGGGUUCCGCGCGGAGAUCCGGACGCUGGGCAGCAUCCGGCACCGGAACAUCGUGCGGCUCCUGGCGUUCUGCACGAACCAGGAGGCGAACGUGCUGGUGUACGAGUACAUGGGCAACGGCAGCCUCGGGGAGUUGCUCCACGGCAAGGGCGGCGGGUUCCUGGCCUGGGACCGGCGGUACCGGAUCGCGCUGGAGGCGGCGCGCGGGCUCUGCUACCUCCACCACGACUGCACCCCGAUGAUCGUGCACCGCGACGUCAAGUCCAACAACAUCCUCCUCGGCGACAACUUCGAGGCCCACGUCGCCGACUUCGGCCUCGCCAAGUUCCUCCGCUCCGGUACCGGCGCCACCUCCGAGUGCAUGUCCGCCGUCGCCGGCUCCUACGGCUACAUCGCCCCUGAGUACGCGUACACUUUACGGGUGGACGAGAAGAGCGAUGUGUACAGCUACGGCGUGGUCCUCCUCGAGCUCAUCACGGGCCGACGACCUGUGGGGGACUUCGGGGAAGGGGUGGACAUCGUGCAAUGGGCGAAGCGGACCACGGAUGGGCGGCGGGAGGGCGUGCCGGGGAUCGUGGACCGCCGGCUCGGCACGGCGCCCGUGGACGAGGUGGCGCACCUCUUCUUCGUGUCCAUGCUCUGCGUCCAGGAGAACAGCGUUGAGCGGCCGACGAUGAGGGAGGUGGUGCAGAUGCUGUCCGAGUUCCCCCGCCAUGCGUCCACCCAAACGUCUCCAUCUUCGUCGUCGUUGUCCCCGGCGGUGGCAACGGCGGAGGGGGAGGUGAAGAGGGAGAGCAGUCCCGCCGGGAAGGAGCCGGCCAACUGCUACAAGCUAUUCCCGGACCUGCUGGCCUGAAGUGCAGCCAGCUGUUUGGAGUGGAGCACUGAAGUCAUCAUGGAGGACUGAAGUCGUUAACAGCAUGUACUGCUAAUCGGAGCUAGCAUUCUACAGUUUCCUAGGCCGGCAGAGGGGGUGUGGUGACAAGUGCUGGGGAUCAAGAACAUGUAACUUUAUUUUCUUUCAUGUUCUUUUUUCAAAUUAUUUUCUCUUUUUUUGGGUUCAUCAUAUCAAAGGUGUAUAGGGUUUGAUCAUAUGCUAGCACCCACGGUUUCGUGCUGUCCAAUGUAAUAGUCUCCCUUCCAUCACAGCUUUGGCCCUUUGUGAUCUCCUGGUAAUCUUUAGCCACCAUUCAUUGUCCUCAAUUCCUCUCCUUCACACCAAUUCUUGUUUAUGUCCAUUCUGUACUACCGGUACUUGUUCAUAGCUUUUUGUAUUAUUUGGGCCAUUUUUGUCAUCUGGGGGUGUGGUCAUCGUCUGCUGGAAGAUUCUUGACUGGAGCUUUGGUUUCAGGGAAAGUAGGAAAAAGAAAAGAAAAAAAGAGAGAAGUACUUGACAGUCUUUGAAAACAUCUCAAUUCCCGAAGCUUAAAGCACUAGAGACUGAAUUGCACAACUUUUAU